AUGGCAGGCAGGCCUCCUGGAGGUCCGGCCAACGCCCCCCAUGGUGAAGAGAACCUUCUCCUCGACCUGAACGAUGGCGCGCCCACCUACUCCUCCGGCCAGCGCCCGCCGACCACCGACGACCACCUGCUGCAUAGGUACGACAUCAACGACUCCGAUCAGCCACAGUCGCGCCCCUCCGUGUCCUACGAUGACUUCGUCGGCGGCGCCGGCGACGGCGGCAACCGCCCACCCCACAUAGCCACCAGCCAGCCCGGCAUGCGCGAAUCGCUGCAGUCGCCCUACAUGUCGACAGGCUCCAAGCGCAUUUACUCCCAGUCCUCCGACCUGCAGAACUACCAACGCUAUACCGACAUCGACGACGAGGGCAGUUCCAUGCAAGGCUCCUACGCAGCCGGAGGCCUGUACGACGAUCGUGUCGAUGAGCCGCCGGGCGCCACACGCGAACAUGCGCGCAACCGCAAUAGCAUAAUGAGUCUGGGCGGCGGGCUGGUGGGUCGCGCGAAGAACAUGCUGGGAAUGGAGCCGGAGUACUCUGAAAUGGACGUCCCGCUCACUGAGGCUGGCGCACGCAAUGCUCAGGCCAGCGCCGCUAGCAAGUCGCAACCGGCCGCUCACAAGAGGAAGCAAUCCGGUUUCAAGUUCGGCUUCGGGAGCUCAAAACCGGACCCCUCAACUCUGGGCCCGCGUAUCAUCCACCUCAACAACCCCCCUGCCAAUGCCGCAAACAAAUACGUCGACAAUCACGUGUCGACCGCCAAGUACAACGUAGCCACCUUCCUCCCGAAGUUCCUUUACGAACAAUUCUCGAAAUACGCCAACCUUUUCUUCUUGUUCACCGCUGUCCUGCAGCAAAUCCCCAAUAUCUCGCCUACGAAUCGAUGGACCACCAUUGUUCCGCUCGUCAUUGUCUUGCUUGUCUCUGCGGUCAAGGAACAGAUCGAAGACUUCCGCCGUAAAACCCAGGAUAGCUCGUUGAAUAACUCCAAGACGCGGAUUCUGAAAGGAUCGAGUUUCCAGGAGACAAAAUGGAUCAAUGUUGCCAUUGGAGACAUCGUGCGUGUGGAAUCAGAGGAACCUUUCCCCGCAGAUUUGGUACUUCUGGCCAGUUCUGAACCCGAAGGUCUAUGCUACAUUGAGACCGCCAACCUUGACGGAGAGACAAACUUGAAGAUCAAGCAGGCCAUUCCAGAGACCGCUGAUCUUGUCAGCCCAAGCGAAUUGGGCAAAUUAGGCGGCAGAGUGCGAUCCGAACAGCCGAACAGCAGUUUGUAUACCUACGAGGCCACCCUGACUAUGCAGGCAGGCGGAGGCGAAAAGGAACUUCCUCUUGGUCCAGACCAGCUUCUCCUUCGUGGCGCCACCCUCCGGAACACCCCUUGGAUUCAUGGCAUCGUCGUAUUCACCGGUCACGAGACUAAGCUUAUGCGGAACGCCACUGCCACGCCUAUCAAGAAGACGAACGUCGAACGACUGGUCAACUACCAAAUUCUGAUGCUUGGCGCCAUCCUCAUCACACUCAGCAUUGUCAGCUCCAUCGGAGAUGUCAUCAUUCGGGCAAAGGACAAGGAACAUCUUGCUUACCUAGGUCUUGAGGAGACUGCGCUUGUUGGACAAUUCUUCCUGGAUCUGCUGACGUACUGGGUUCUGUACUCCAACUUGGUCCCUAUCUCGCUUUUCGUUACGAUUGAAAUCGUCAAGUACUACCAAGCGUUCCUCAUCGAUUCAGAUCUGGACAUCUACCACGACAUCACCGGGACUCCAGCGAACUGCAGAACAUCGUCGCUUGUUGAAGAAUUGGGACAGAUCGAGUACAUUUUCUCGGACAAGACGGGAACGCUCACUUGCAACAUGAUGGAGUUCCGUCAGUGCUCUAUUGCAGGCAUCCAAUAUGCAGAUGAAGUCCCAGAAGACAGGAGAGCAACGACUCAGGAUGGCGUAGAGGUUGGCAUUCAUGACUUCAAGAGGUUGAAGGAGAAUCGGGCACACCACCAAUCGCGCGAGAUCAUCGACAAUUUCCUUACACUACUCUCCACGUGUCAUACUGUCAUCCCUGAGGUGAACGAGACGACGGGAAAGAUCAAAUAUCAGGCUGCUUCGCCUGACGAGGGUGCUCUCGUUGAGGGCGCUGUUAUGCUGGAUUACAGAUUCGUUGCCAGAAAGCCCAGAUCCGUCAUCAUCACAGUUGACGGCGUGGAGAAGGAAUAUGAGCUUCUGUGUGUCUGCGAGUUCAACUCGACGCGUAAGAGAAUGUCGACGCUCUUCAGGACUCCGGAGGGAAAGAUCGUUUGCUAUACCAAGGGUGCCGAUACCGUCAUUCUUGAGAGGCUUGCCAAGGAACACAACCCAAUCGUUGAACCCACUCUUCAGCAUCUUGAGGAAUAUGCUGCUGAAGGUCUCCGUACCCUUUGCCUGGCUAUGCGCGAAGUCCCCGAGCAAGAGUACCAGGAGUGGAGGGUGAUUUACGACACUGCUGCGACAACGGUUGGUGGUAACCGUGCGGAUGAGCUGGACAAAGCCGCGGAGCUCAUCGAGCACGACUUUAUCCUCCUUGGAGCGACGGCUAUCGAGGACAAGCUACAAGAUGGAGUGCCAGACACGAUCCACACUCUGCAAACCGCGGGCAUCAAGAUCUGGGUCCUUACUGGUGAUCGGCAGGAAACAGCCAUCAACAUCGGCAUGAGUUGUAAACUCAUCAGUGAGGAUAUGACACUGCUGAUCGUCAAUGAGGAGAAUGCGGAAGGCACGAGGGACAAUCUCUCGAAGAAACUCAACGCUAUCAAAGCGCAAGCAGACAGCCAAGCGGAAUUGGAGACGCUUGCUCUGGUCAUCGACGGCAAGUCUCUGACGUAUGCCCUGGAAAGAGACAUGGAGAAGCUGUUCCUGGAUUUGGCCGUCAUGUGCAAGGCCGUCAUUUGCUGCCGUGUGUCGCCUCUUCAGAAAGCGCUUGUUGUGAAGCUCGUCAAGCGCCACCUGAAGGCCAUCCUGCUGGCCAUUGGAGAUGGCGCAAACGACGUUUCUAUGAUCCAGGCUGCUCACGUCGGCGUCGGUAUCAGCGGUAUGGAAGGUCUCCAAGCCGCGCGAAGUGCCGAUGUUGCCAUUGGUCAAUUCCGUUUCCUGCGCAAACUACUACUCGUUCAUGGUGCCUGGAGCUACCAGCGAGUGAGCAAGGUUAUUCUCUACUCCUUUUACAAGAAUAUCGCCCUCUUCAUGACACAGUUCUGGUAUUCUUUUCAAAAUGCUUUCUCUGGCCAGGUCAUUUACGAAUCAUGGACGCUCUCCUUCUAUAACGUCUUCUUUACUGUAAUGCCCCCCUUCGUCCUCGGUAUCUUCGACCAGUUCGUCAGCGCACGACUGCUCGACCGCUACCCACAACUCUACCAGCUCAGCCAGAAGGGCGUCUUCUUCAAGAUGCACUCAUUCUGGGGCUGGGUCGCCAACGGUUUCUAUCAUUCUCUGAUCUUAUACUUUGUCUCACAAGCCAUCUUCCUGUGGGACCUCCCGCAGGGUGACGGCAAGAUUGCUGGUCAUUGGGUAUGGGGUCCUGCUCUGUACACGGCUGCGCUGGCGACAGUUCUUGGCAAGGCGGCGUUGAUCACGAACAUUUGGACGAAGUACACGGUAGUUGCCAUUCCGGGCUCGAUGAUCCUCUGGAUGAUCUUCCUGCCGUUGUACGCGUACGUGGCGCCAAUGACGGGUAUUUCGGAGGAGUUUGAAGGCACGAUACCCCGAUUAUUCCCCAGUCCGAUAUUCUGGCUCAUGGGCUUGGUCCUGCCGGCGCUCUGUCUGCUGAGAGACUUUGCUUGGAAAUAUGCAAAGCGCAUGUACUAUCCGCAAGCGUACCAUCACAUCCAGGAAAUUCAAAAGUACAACAUUCAGGAUUACCGACCCAGGAUGGAGCAGUUCCAAAAGGCUAUCCGCAAGGUGCGGCAAGUGCAGCGUAUGCGCAAGCAACGCGGGUACGCCUUCUCUCAAACAGACGAGUCGCAGGCCAGAGUGCUGCAGGCAUACGAUACGACGCGCGAACGUGGCCGGUACGGCGAAAUGGCAAGUUCGAGGCGUUAG